CAAAGCGUUACUUAAGAUGCGCAAGUACGUGGAAUCUUCAGCGUUAAACUCGCUGCAAACAAAUAAAUGAUAAAGAGAUCUGUCUUCGUGUUGUUUUGCAUCUCGUGACAAUCAAGAAAUCGAUACAGAUCUGAUUAAGCUGCCUAGCUUGUCUUACAAGAAACUGGGGUUGUCUGGGUGUGUGUGAAUCAAUCAACGAUCUGAUCUUGAGGCAGGACGAAAUCAACAGAGACAAUGGGAGGUGCGGUGACGAAACCUGAUGGUCAAGAGACAAAGCUAGAGGCUAAGAUCAUAGAAGCCGUGCAACGCAGGGCAUCGAGAGGAACCACGAUGAAAUCGUUCAACAGCAUUGUUCUCAAGUUCCCAAAGAUCGACGAGGGUCUUCGAAACUGCAAAGCUAUCUUCCAAGAGUUUGAUGAGGAUUCGAGUGGGUCUAUUGAUCACACGGAGCUAAAGAACUGUUUCAGGAAGCUAGAGAUCUCGUUCGAGGAAGACGAGAUCAAUGACUUGUUCGAGGCUUGUGAUAUUAACGAAGAUAUGGGGAUUACGUUCACCGAGUUCAUUGUUCUUCUCUGUCUCGUCUAUCUUCUUAAGGACGAUUCAUCCACCCUCCAAAAGAAAUGGAGACUGGGAAUGCCGAAGCUGGAACCAACGUUUGAGACGCUGGUGGACACGUUCGUGUUCCUGGAUGAGAACAAGGAUGGUCUAGUUAGCCGCGAGGAGAUGGUCCGAGCCAUUGAUGAAUCUGGAGAACGAUCCUCCGGGAGGAUUGCAAUGAAAAGAUUCGAGGAGAUGGACUGGGACAAGAAUGGGAUGGUGAACUUCAAAGAGUUCUUGUUCGCGUUUACUCAGUGGGUUGGAAUAGAUGAGAGUGAAGAAGACGACGAUGAUGAUAACAAGGCUUGAUGUUUGUGUUUACAAGUAUGUAAUAGUAACAAACUAUGUUUUAUGUUUAAUGCAAACAGAAUAAUUCAUUACCCAAACACACA